AUGACCGCCCGCGCGCUCCUCGCGGGUGGGCGUCGGGACCCCGGGCUCUGCGCACCCACGCGGGGGGCUCCGUCUCCGCCCGGCCCUCCCCGGACGCCGUCCCGGCCCCGGCCUCGGCUGCGCCCCCUGCUGCUGCUGCCGCUGCUGCUGCUGCCGCGCUCCGCCCUCUCCGCUGUGUUCACAGUGGGGGUGCUGGGCCCCUGGGCCUGCGACCCCAUCUUCGCCCGUGCCCGCCCGGACCUGGCCGCCCGCCUGGCCGCCGCCCGCCUGAACCACGAAGCUGCCCUGGAGGGCGGCCCCCGCUUCGAGGUCGCGCUGCUGCCCGAGCCGUGCCGGACGCCGGGCUCGCUGGGGGCGGUGUCCUCCGCGCUCACCCGCGUCUCGGGCCUCGUGGGGCCGGUGAACCCCGCAGCCUGCCGGCCGGCGGAGCUACUAGCUCAAGAGGCGGGGAUCGCCCUGGUGCCCUGGGGCUGCCCCGGAAUGCGGGCGGCGGGCACCACGGCUCCCGCGGUGACGCCCGCGGCGGAUGCGCUCUACGCCCUCCUGCGCGCGUUCCGCUGGGCGCAUGUGGCCCUGGUCACCGCCCCCCAGGACCUGUGGGUGGAGGCGGGACGCGCGCUUUCCACGGCGCUCAGGGCCCGGGGUCUGCCCGUUGCCCUGGUGACCUCUAUGGAGCCCUCGGACCUGUCUGGAGCCCGGGAGGCCCUGAGGAGGGUCCAAGAUGGGCCCAGAGUCAGAGCAGUGAUCAUGGUGAUGCACUCGGUCCUGCUGGGCGGUGAGGAGCAGCGCCGCCUACUGGAGGCUGCAGAGGAGCUGGGCUUGGCUGAUGGUUCCCUGGUCUUCCUGCCCUUCGACACGCUGCACUACGCCUUGUCUCCAGGCCCGGACGCCUUGGCCGUGCUCGCCAACAGCUCACAGCUGCGCAAGGCCCACGAUGCGGUGCUCACCCUCACGCGUCACUGUCCCCCGGGAGGCAGCGUGCUGGACAGUCUGCGCAGGGCCCAAGAGCAUCAGGAGCUGCCCCCUGACCUCAAUCUGCAGCAGGUAUCCCCUCUCUUCGGCACCAUCUAUGACUCGGUCUUCUUGUUGGCUGGGGGCGUGGCGCGAGCGCGGGCGGCCGCAGGUGGCGGCUGGGUGUCCGGAGCAGCCGUGGCCCGCCACGUCCGGGAUGCCCAGGUCCCCGGCUUCUGUGGGGCCCUGGGAGGAGCCGAGGAGCCCUCCUUUGUGCUGCUGGACACGGAUGCAGCCGGGGACCGGCUGUUCGCCACAUACGUGCUGAACCCCACCCGGGGCUUCUUCCGCUCCGCCGGAACCCCGGUGCAUUUUCCUAGAGGGGGACGGGGGCCUGGGCCCGACCCCUCGUGUUGGUUCGACCCAGACGUCACCUGCAACGGAGGAGUGGAGCCCGGCGUCAUCUUUAUCGGCUUUCUCCUGGUGGUUUUGAUGGGGCUGACAGGGGCCUUCCUGGCCCAUUAUUUUAGGCACCGGCUACUUCACAUCCAAAUGGUCUCCGGCCCCAACAAGAUCAUCCUGACUCUGGAUGACGUCACCUUCCUCCCCCCGCAAAGGGGCAGCUCUCGGAAGGUGGCCCAGGGGAGUCGAUGGAGUCUGGCCGCCCGCAGCUUGUCAGACGUUCGCAGCAUCCACAGCCAGAUCCCAGAUUACACCAACAUUGGCCUCUAUGAGGGAGACUGGGUUUGGCUGAAGAAAUUCCCGGGGGAACAGCACAUAGCUAUCCGCCCAGCGACCAAGAUGGCCUUCUCCAAGAUCCGGGAGCUCCGGCAUGAGAACUUGGCCCUCUACCUGGGGCUCUUCCUGGCGGGGGGAGCUGGCGGCGCCGCGGCCCCCGGGGAAGGGAUGCUGGCUGUGGUCUCAGAGCACUGUGCCCGUGGCUCCCUCCAAGACCUCCUCGCUCAGAGAGACAUAAAGCUGGACUGGAUGUUCAAGUCCUCCCUCCUACUGGACCUCAUCAAGGGAAUAAGGUAUCUGCACCAUCGAGGCGUGGCCCACGGGCGGCUGAAGUCACGGAACUGCGUGGUGGACGGGAGGUUCGUGCUUAAAGUCACCGACCACGGUCAUGGGCGACUGCUGGAAGCGCAGAGGGUGUUACCGGAGCCUCCCAGCGCGGAGGAUCAGCUGUGGACAGCCCCGGAGCUACUUCGGGACCCGGCCCUGGAGCGCCGGGGAACGCUGGCCGGCGAUGUCUUCAGUCUGGGCAUCAUCAUGCAAGAGGUCGUGUGCCGCAGCGCCCCUUACGCCAUGCUGGAGCUGACUCCCGAGGAAGUGGUGAAGAGGGUACAGAGCCCCCCUCCACUGUGUCGGCCCUCGGUGUCCAUAGACCAGGCGCCCAUGGAGUGCAUCCAGCUGAUGAAACAGUGCUGGGCAGAGCAGCCGGAACUUCGGCCCUCCAUGGACCGCACCUUCGACCUGUUCAAGAGCAUCAACAAGGGCCGGAAGAUGAACAUCAUCGACUCGAUGCUGCGGAUGCUGGAGCAGUACUCCAGUAACCUGGAGGACCUGAUCGGGGAGCGCACGGAGGAGCUGGAGCUGGAAAAGCAGAAGACAGACCGGCUGCUCACACAGAUGCUGCCUCCGUCUGUGGCUGAGGCGCUGAAGAUGGGGACACCUGUGGAGCCCGAGUAUUUCGAGGAGGUGACACUGUAUUUCAGUGACAUUGUGGGUUUCACCACCAUCUCAGCCAUGAGUGAGCCCAUCGAAGUGGUGGACCUGCUCAAUGACCUCUACACACUCUUUGAUGCCAUCAUCGGCUCCCAUGAUGUCUACAAGGUGGAGACAAUCGGGGACGCCUAUAUGGUGGCCUCAGGGCUGCCCCAACGGAACGGGCAGCGGCACGCAGCAGAGAUCGCCAACAUGGCUCUGGACAUCCUCAGUGCCGUGGGCACCUUCCGCAUGCGGCACAUGCCCGAGGUGCCCGUGCGCAUCCGCAUCGGCCUGCACUCGGGCCCGUGCGUGGCGGGCGUGGUGGGCCUCACGAUGCCGCGGUACUGCCUGUUUGGGGACACGGUCAACACCGCCUCGCGCAUGGAGUCCACAGGGCUGCCUUACCGCAUCCACGUGAACAGGAGCACCGUGCAGAUUCUCUUUGCCCUAGACGAGGGCUUCCAGACCGAGGUGCGGGGUCGCACGGAGCUGAAGGGCAAGGGCACCGAGGAAACGUACUGGUUGGUGGGCAGACGCGGCUUCGACAAGCCCAUCCCCAAACCGCCCGACCUGCAACCGGGGGACAGCAACCACGGCAUCAGCUUGCAGGAUAUCCCGCCUGAGCGGCGCCGGAAGCUGGAGAAGACGAGGCCGGGCCAGUUUUCCGGAAAGUGA